AUGAACGCCACCCGCCUACUCUUAAAGCCCCGGCUGUUCUACGCCUACCUCCCCGAUACCGUCGGACCCAAUGUCCUCGCUACGCGUCUCAAGGCCAGGCCUGCCCACUUGAAGCGGGCUGAAGAGGACAAGAAGUCUGGCAGACUCGAAUUCGGCAGGGGAUUUUUGCCUCCCCCAUCACAUCCCCUCUAUAACGACCCAGCCCUCCCUGUCGGUGCUCAGCCCAUGGCAGGCUCCAUCAUGUUCUUCCGUAUGGAAAGUCUUGAAGAAGUGUGGGACAGACUGAAGGGAGAUGUUUAUUGGACGGAAGGUAUCUGGGAUCAGGAAAGGACGCAAGUUGGAGAAUUUGUCAAGCUGCCAGGGGACGAGGCUUGA